UUACAUAUUUACUGUAAAUAUCUGACUCUGUUAUUAUCUCACUACCAAAAAUAUUUCAAUUCCGAUUACAAAAUAAAGUGAUUUAAAUCAAUUCAAAAAUAGUUUUUUUAACAUAACUGAUUGAUCUUGGAAAACAAUCUUCACUAUCAACUCUUUAACAGAAGUACACUACAAACAAUCUCCUCCCAUCCUGUAGAUUAAAUCAAAGCUUCUCAUUGUCUCACCUCAUGUAAUCGUUAAGCCUUUAAAGAUGGGUGAAUGCAAAUCUCUAGAUGGGCCCCUCACAGCCUGUGAAACCGGAUCAGGCCCCUUGCCGUGUUUUCGGACUCAUUCGGUACCAGAACUCAGAGGAUCAUGGAUGUCUCCAGUCCCAGAACUGAAGCCCCAUCAAUGGAGCCCAGUGCCAAGCUGUUUUGCUGUCAAUUUGUGAGGCGUUUUAUACCCCUGGUCUAUAGAGAAGAACUCUACCACAUUCUGCGCAUGACUGGACCCCUGCUUGUGUGUCGGUUCUUGAAUUUCCUCCUUUUCUUUGUGGUGACAAUGUUCUGUGGACGCCUGGGGAACACUGUGCUUGCAGGCUAUGCCAUGGCUUCAGCUACCAUCAACGUAACAGCUGCAGCAACAGGGUUAGGACUAGCUUUGGCUUGUGACACAUUGGUAUCACAGACCUUUGGGGGUAAGAACCUUUUCCGUGUAGGCGUCAUCCUGCAGAGGGGUGUCUUGAUUCUGACGCUAUUCAGUUUGCCCUGCUGGGCUUUACUGGUGAACACGCAGCCCCUCCUCCUUCUGCUGGGGCAAGACCCCGAGGUGGCCAGGAUAGCUCAGAUUUAUGUGGUUAUGUUUCUGCCAGCAAUUCCGGCCAUGUUUCUGUAUCAACUGCAGCUGUCAUAUCUUCAGAACCAGGGUGUGAUCAUGCCUCAGAUGUAUGCAUCAGCUCUCACCAAUGGUGCCAAUGUUUUAUUAAACUAUAUCUUGCUCUACUGGUGGGAUUUUGGCGUUUAUGGGUCUGCUGCAGCAAACACCUUCGCUCAAGUUUUUAGCUGCUUUUCCCUGUUUUGUUUUAUUCGUUGGAGGAAGCUGCAUGAGAAAACCUGGGGAGGGUGGUCAUCUGAGGCCCUGCAGGACUGGGGGUCUUACAUGAAGCUGGCCAUUCCUAGCACCCUCAUGACCUGUUUUGAAUGGUGGAUCUAUGAAGUUGGAGGAUUUUUGGCAGGAAUGUUGAGUGAAGAGGAUCUGGCUGCUCAACAUGUUGUUAUAAUGCUGGCAUACAUCAACUACAUGAUCCCAUUAGGUAUGCAAGGUGCAGCGUGUAUUCGUGUUGGAAACGCACUCGGUGCAGGGGAAACCGCCGCAGCCAUCCUCACCAGCAAGGUGUCCCUUAUCUGUGCAGCUGUACUGGCAAUCUUUCAAGGUCUUAUUUUGGGCUCCACAAAAACAUUCAUUGGCUUUAUGUUCACGUCAGAUGAAAAUAUAGUAGAGCUUGUGUCUGAGCUUCUGAACAUCUACUGCCCUCUUCAGUUCUUCAACGGACUUUUGUGUGUUGGCAUGGGCAUUCUGAUUGGCACCGGGCAACAGAAGAUCGCUGCUAUUGCUAACCUGUUCGGUUACUACUGCAUUGGGCUCCCGUUGUGCAUUGUUUUGAUGUUCACCGCCAACCUUCAAGUUGCUGGCUUUUGGUUGGGGCUCCUCAUUGCUGUCUUUUUACUAGCGAUUUUCUUCAUAGUGGCAAUCUUCAGAUUAAACUGGAAGAAAAUGACAGAGGAGGCAAUUGAGCGAACAGGCAAGCGUGCAAACGGAGCACCGACCUCCACCCGCAACAGCUUCUACCAGGUGGUCCUCAAUGCAGAGAAUGGAAAUGGAUAUAUGGUUGUAAGCUCUCAAGAUCGGGAUGCUGAACAAACCAAUACUGUUGUAGAGAACUGGUCAAGAGUCAGUCCUGAAGAAGAGAAGCCCACAGAGCUGCUGUCUACCUCUCAGCUCAUUCUAAGGAGGGGUUUGAUCACCCUGGUUGCUCUUUUUAUCCUGGCUGCGGGGGUAGUUGUUCAUCUCAAAGUCCCUUUACCAGAAGUCACUUAUGUGGCAAACUAUACUCUGUACUCAAAUCUUACAGCCACCACACCCGUCUAUUCCACCAUCAUCAUUUAAACACACUAUGAAUGUUUUAUAUUUGUAGUCUGUGGAACAUUUCUUCAAUCUGUUCAAUAUUUUGGUAUUUGGUAUUCCAGUAUUGUUAUUAAAACCUUUUAUUUUAGUAUUUGUGAAUAAAUAUACCAGAUAUUUAAAGUAAGUUCUGCACAUAUUAUCAGGAUCAAGUUGAAAAACGGUUUUGUCUCAGAUCUAUUUGCUUUGUUCACAAACAUAAGGUGUAUUAAAGCUUUGAAGACAAGGCUUUUGCAGAUCUUUCUGUUCACCAGUGUCUGUCGAGUAAUGUCUCGAGUUGACAAUUUUAUUCAUGUUACUGUUGGAGAAAUCCUGCCAAAAAUGAGACAUUUCACAAAAUCUGCUGUCAUAUUGAGAAACACACAUAAGUGUCACAGUCACUCAAACUGACACUUGGCCACUUAGACUUUUUGACACUUUACAGCCAAGUGAGUUUUGAAAGCAAUUUCUAAACAAUAAUAAUAAUUCUGUCUUUCCACACUUUUAUUGCACAUAAAAGUCUUUUACAACA